AGAGGUCGGCGGGCGGGGCGGAGGCGAUGGCGAUGAUGGCGGCCGGGACGGGCCGGCCCCGCCGGCGGCGCGCAGGAAAUAAGCAUUCAACUGCUCCAAAGAAUGAAGAUGUUGCUCAAAGGAAAGCAGCUCUGGAAGCUGCUAUGAGAAAGAAGAUUGAAUUUGAGAAAAAAGCGUUGUCUAUUGUUGAACAGCUCCUGGAGGAGAACAUUACUGAAGAGUUCCUUCUAAAUUCUGGAAAAUGUAUUACUCCAUCUCACUAUAAAGACAUUGUUGAUGAACGGUCUAUCAUCAAACUGUGUGGUUAUCCUCUGUGUCAAAAUAAACUGGAAAAUGUGCCAAAGCAGAAGUACAAGAUUUCAACAAAAACUAACAGAGUUUAUGAUAUCACUGAAAGAAAGUGCUUUUGCAGCAACUUCUGCUAUAGAGCAUCUAAAUAUUUUGAAGCUCAAAUUUCUAAAAGUCCAGUAUGGAUGAGAGAAGAAGAAAAACCACCAGACAUAGAGCUGCUGAAGGAGGGACAGAGUGGACGGUCUGGAGAAGAGGUGAAACUACGUGAUGAAGUAAUUAAAGCAUCUGACAUUGAAAAUCCUAGGAUACCUUCAGAGCAAUGUGAAGCUGGUUCUCAUGACGCAGCCAGUGACAGCAGCAGUGAUAAUGAGCAAGAAUUUAUUUCAUCUGUCCUACCAGGAAAUCAGUCAAGUUCAGCCAAUUUUACACGGCAAUUGCCCAGAAAAAGCAUCCUCAAAAAAAAGCAUGCUCAGAAAGUCUACCCCAGCCCUCAAACUGAAGAUUCAGAUGUGGUAGAAGCCACUGAACAGCUCUCUCAUUGUAAAUUAGAUACUCAGGAAGAAGAGCAUGCUUGCUCUGUUCGUAAUGAAAUAACUGCACCACCUUCAGAAAAUACUACUCUAGGGAAAUCAAUUGCUUCACAAAUCUGUGAAAAUACCUGUGGAUCACAAAUAGUUUUUCUAGGUGUUAGCAAAAGAGGGGCAGAACAUCUUAGAAGAACACUAGCUAACUCAACAGAAUAUAGAAAACAUGAACUGAGGAAUCCAGUUAAUUCCAAAGGCAGUUUACUGGAAGUGCUUAGACACACACUUACGGAAUGGAGAACUGAGGAAACUUUAAAAUUUCUCUAUGGCCCAGACUAUACUACUUUGUGCUCAUCAGAGUGCAUAGCACCUGCCAGCCAGGAGACUGAAGAACUUGAUGAGGAUGACUUAGAUACAGCUGAUGAUCUUAACACUGUUGCUGUAAGAGGGUCCGAAACCAGCUUGAAUUAUUCUUUACCUUUCACAGGCCCAGGUGGAGUAGUUAAGCCUGUGCCUAGUUACGAAAAGUUAAAAGAAGAAACGGAGUUCCUAGAACUCCGAGUGAAAGAGUUCUAUAAAGGGAGGUGCAUCUUGGCUGAAGAGGCAGCGACACAUGCACAGAAAGAGGAACAUCCAAGCACAGACAAAGAUGAUCAACACGAAGAUCUCACCUUCCCACUUGUUGAUUCCAAUGCACAAAUGCAGAUUAGAAAGCGAAUCGUCCUUGAAAAACUGAGAAAAGCAUUACCUGCAGUUUUGGGCCCUCUUCAGAUCGCUCCGGGUGAUGUUUACGCAGAGCUGAAAAAUCUUGUCAAAACUUUCCAGUUAACAAACAGAAAUAUUAUUCACAAAAUGCCUGAAUGGACUCUAAUCGCUAUUGUUUUGUUGUCUGUAUUGCCACAAACUACUCCACUUUUCAAGAAUACUCAGACAAGCCCAAUGUACACACAGUUCCUGACCACGUUGCUGGAAGAACUGCAUUUCAAAAAUGAAGAUUUGGAAAGUUUAACAAGAAUAUUUAGAAUGGACUGACGACUUGAAUGAAUAACGUGAUCAUUUUAACAUCUCCUACCACCUGAAAUAGUUGCACAGAGAAUAAAAGAACACCUUCAAUUGUUGGAACUUUUUUAAAAUGAAAAAUGUAGUUUAGUAUGAAUUGUACUACUUGCACUUCUGCUUUUUCAUUUCCCUGCUACGGGUAAGAAUUUUGAAGUCUUGUGGAAAAGCUGCCUAUAACAGCAGUUGUUCAAAGUAUUCACGAAGACAAGUUACCAUGUGGAUCAUCUGAAAACUGUGUGUUUAAAAGCAAUAGAAAGGAAUUUGGAUUUGUUUUUUUCUUAGUUUGGAAACUUUCAGCUUGUGUACAGGAAUUAGGGAAAGGGGGGGGAGAGAAUGGAGUGUUAAGAACAGUGCUGCUGACAUUUUUCUGUUGCCCCAAUGCAUGGAGCAGUAACUUUAAGAAUGACUGUGACAGUACACAAAGAUGUCUGAGUUAUAGCCUGUUUCUCUUGCUGCUUCUGAGAAAAGGGGUGGUCUUUGAACUUAUGUAAAAGUUAUUUUUAAACAGACUCUGUUAAUAAUUUGGACUUUAAAAUAUAUUUUAAUAACUAAAAA